GCUCUCUUCCGCAUCAACACUCUCCCACCACAACCAGCCCCGCAUCACAAUGUCCAAGCCUACCCUUUACGAGUUUAGCGGCUCUGCCUGGUGCCAGGUCCCCAAGUUGGCGGUCGAGGAGCUUGGGCUGCAGAAUGUCGUCGAGUACAAGAGCGUCAACCUUGCCGAGGGUGCCAACUUCAACCCCGAGUUCCUCAAGGUGAACCCUCACGGCACCGUGCCCACGCUCGUCAUUGAGGACGGCAACACGCCCAAGAAGUACACCGACUCAACCAACGCUACCCGCGAGAUCCUCAAGCUCGCGCCCAACGCCCCCAAGACCAACACGCACACGGACCACGAGCUUGACAAGCUUAUCCGCGAGGUGCACUCGGAGGAGCACGACCCGAACGUUCUCCUCCUUCUGGCCGUCAACGACGAGGACCGCGCGGCGAAAGCGCAGGGCCUUCCCGCCGCCUUCCUCGGCGGCCGCCAGAAGGCGCUGGACCAGUACGCGCCCGCGGGCGGCGAGUUCGCCUCCUUCCUGCAGGAGAAGCAAAAGGGGAACGGCGCCCUGCUGUCCUUCUACACCGGCAAUCCGGACGAGGCCGUGCGCCAGAAGAUGUACGCCGACGCUGCGGCGCAGUGGAAGAGCGCGGGCAACCUCAUCCGCGGCGAGAUCACGCACAUCCUCCGCAAGACUCCCGGCUCCUUCCUCGGCGGCUCGGACGCGCCAGGCGAGGCCGACUUCCACCUCAUCACGUGGCUUGCACGCAUCAUUACGGACGCGGGCGGCAAGCCGGGCUCUGUGUCCGGCGAGGCGUUCGCUGCGCUCCAGCAGCGCAUUGGCAGCGAGCCGAUCGACCCCGUCGUCGCUGGAUACUGGGACACGUGGACGCAGCGCCCCUCGUUUAAGAAGCUCGGUGUGCACUAGUUGAAAAAUCAACAGGAAGCCAGAUUCGUGGCCGAACUAGGGACGGCUUGUAGAAAAGACGCAAUGGCGGAGUGCGCCGCAUGCAGGAUACCUCAGCGCAGCCCACCACUCACAUUGCAGACCGCUCCCAACGCUGAGCCCCCUGAUAGAUAUGCCUGACUCUGACCAUGAUGAUUGCCUUUGCCUCG